UGCCGACGGUGUCUGGAAACGAAACUGAGCGCGCACCGGGAGCGCGCUUAACGAACAGCUUCUGGAGGAUAGCGAGGAGCUUGGCUCGCGAGUAGGAACCCCCUUACUCUGCCCUGCCGCGCUAGUCUUGUCAAAACGAGACAUCCAUCGCCCUCUGUCCGGUAAACUAGGACACACUGGGAAACGGAUUGAAUUCUCUCAUUAAAUCACAGCACCGCCACAAUCUGUCCAUCCAGCUAACGGCUUAGGAAUACAAAGUUGUAUCACUUUUAAACGACUCUUCGGGACUGAACGCCCGUUAUUAGUUUUUGGACAGAAACAUCAGAAUAUUUUUUUGUGUUUUGAGUUGCGUUGGCUUGGAUAUACACGCGUGCGUCGACUUGAUUCGCACCAUUUUUUCCUCUGUUAAUUAGUGUGGAAUACCUGAGGACUUUAUUCAACGCUCCAGAAGGAAAGAAAAUACUUUGAAGAACUGUUUAUGGAAAUUUGAGGAGUUUUAUUUAUUUAUUAUUAUUUCCCUUAUCAAAGUAGGCUACGUAUGAUAUUACGAUCACGAUGUGUGUGGUGCGAGAGUCUUCGCCGCCCCUUUUAGACCAGAAUUAGUCAGUGUGGUCCCGGAGUAGAGGCUAGAUCAGUGUCGUCUCGAUCUCACGCACUCUCCUCACUCCCCUUUUCUUCUUUUCCCCCAAAGGUUAUUUGUCUAUUUCCAUGGAAUAACUUAUCAGGAAAACGACUGAACGACCAAGUGUCUUGUUUUCCCGCCUGUAACUGACAGGCGGUUUAAGGUUUGUUCUUCUCCGGAGAAUGCUCAAUGAUCGAUGGGGAAUCAUGAACAGCUCACCGGAACUCGAAGACGGACAGCGGGGCAAAAAUCAGAGGAUGAGUUGUAGCUAUCUGCUAUGUACCAUCCUUCUCUUCGUGGCCGUUCUGCUCGCAGUCACAGUGACGGGAACCAUUCUUCUUAUGAACCACUACCAGGCUCCCCCCAUGUCGGACGGCCCGCCUCAUAUUAGCACCAAUCAGGAUGAAGCCAAUGCAUUGGUGACAGUUGAGAGGGGUGAUGGAUCACGCAUCAAUAUCUUCAUCGACCCCAACUGCCCUGAUUAUAACAGUAAUUUCCUGCGGCUGGAAGGCGUGCAGACAUCUUUGCUGCAUUCACUCACUGACCACGAUACGGAUCUCAAGUCCGUCAAAGGUCAGGAUCGAGCGCUACUGGUAAACUUGGCAGAGGAAGUUGCUAAGCUGUCUGCCCAUGCGGGACAGCUGAAGAUGGACUAUGAGUCUCUCAGAAGAGGACAAAGCAACCUGGGACAGGACCUGAAUACACUGCAGACUGAACAGAGCAGACUUAUACAGCUGCUGUCCGAGAGCCAGAUUAACAUGGUGAAGGUUGUCAACUCUGUGAGCGAUGCUCUAAACGCCAUGCAGAAGGAAACUGGAGGUCUAAAGGCCAGAGUGAAGGCUGACCUGCAGAGGGCACCAGUCAGAGGAGUUCGCCUUAAAGGCUGUGCUAAUGGCUCCCGUCCACGGGACUGUAGUGAUAUAUAUGCUAGCGGUCAGAGAGAAGACGGCAUCUACUCUGUUUUUCCCACUCAUUAUCCCGCUGGCUUUCAGGUCUACUGUGAUAUGAGCACGGACGGAGGUGGCUGGACGGUAAUCCAGCGGAGGGAGGAUGGGUCUGUGAACUUCUUCAGGGAGUGGGACUCCUACAGGGAAGGAUUUGGCAAAAUCACCGGAGAGUACUGGCUUGGGUUGAAACAAAUCCAUGCCCUCUCUAUCCAAGGAAACUACGAACUGCGCAUAGAUCUUGAAGAUUUCGAGAACAGCACAGCUUUUGCACAGUAUGGUGUGUUUGGAGUUGGACUGUUCUCUGUUGAUCCUGAGGAUGACGGUUACCCCCUCACCAUCGCUGAUUACACCGGAACUGCAGGAGAUUCAUUGCUUAAGCACAAUGGAAUGAAGUUCACCACAAAAGACAGAGACAACGAUCACUCGGAGAACAACUGUGCUUCGUUCUACCACGGCGCCUGGUGGUACCGCAACUGCCACACAUCCAACCUGAACGGCCAGUACCUGCGCGGACAGCACACCUCUUACGCCGACGGGAUUGAAUGGUCGUCCUGGACCGGGUGGCAGUACUCACUAAAAUUCACAGAAAUGAAAAUUCGGCCAACGCGCGAAGAGCGAGAAAGCAAGUAACCACACAAAAAGUCAAAUUUAAAUGUAGGGAAAUAAAAAAAAGACUUUAGUAUGGGACUUAUGGUGUGGAAAACAACAAGGACAGUGGUUGUUGCUAAUCUGAAAAAGAGCUUUUUGUUGUCCUGUUUAUUCAUUUGGCAGAAAAGUCGCACUGUUGUGUGGCCGUGCUGUAAGUCCUGCCCUCCAUAUGACAAUCUCUUUAUCAUCAGGCCUUGAAGUUUCUUUACACCCCAGCUGUCAGAUCUCAGCUCACCCCUGCACUGACUCAAUACCGUGAGUCACACUUCAGUUCUGAGAAAAAAUGACACUGAAUCAAGGAUCCUAUUAUCUUGCCACUGGUUAGGAAAUGAAUUAAUGGAGGACUAUGUACGACAAUGAAAUGUUGGAAUGGUUCCUUCUGUCAGCAAAGCUCGUUUCCGUUCUCCCUCUUUUUGUUUAACACGCAAUUAAUACGCUAAAUACACAUGCCGAGGCCAAAUCUCCACAAAGUCUUCAUAUCUGAAAAAGAAGGCUAGUACAAAAGAAGAAAGUGUGGAAGAUGGGAGGGAAAUGAGAGAGAGAGAGGCGGUCUAGGAGGAGAGCAGUGCAAAGGUUUCUGUGGGAGUGUGUCUCUCAUCUGUCUGACAGGUUAUUAGUGAGCAUAUUGGCCACUUUGUCUGAUCGCCAUUGCCAAAUGAUCAUAAGCCAGGCUCUUCAUCUCGCACAUACGCAGAUGGAGGCUGUUUAUGUGUGUGAGCCAGAUAAAAGGAAAAUGUGAUAUUGUCUCGUUUCCUUUUCGAGCGUGUUUCUGUCUCAGCACAAGUUUGAGUGUUCUCGAGGAAUCUCUUUAUCGGCCUGACAAGCUCGCUCGAGUGUGUUUACUUAGCACUCAUACACACGUAAUUUGUUCACGCAUGCCUUUGGACGCCGUGUCACAAUGCUAAUUUAAACGAGCCGCCCUGUCCUCUUUUAUGUGUGAACGGUAACGUGUAUAUCAGCUCAUUCACUGCCGUCUCUCUCUCCAGCUCACCUUCCAAAGGUCAGACAUCUCGAAUGUGAAUAUAGUGUUUCUUUCCCCUCAUGCUCGAACAGCUCCCUUCAUCUCUCGCCCUUUCUUUUUUCCCUCAUGGUCUUCUCCUCAUUUGUUCUCCCUCCACUCUCCCUUCACUCUUUGGGUUUGUUUUCUUUGGUCCCCUGUGGAAGUGGAAAAGGUCAACAUGUCAUUUAGUACAAUUACGCUGCCCAUUGUUCUCUUCUUUGCUCUUUUCUGACUUUUUCCUUUUCUCUCACUUCUGUUCUUCCCGAUUCUGUUUUGUAAUUCAUCCCUCUCUCAACCUAAUUGUGUUUAAAUCCCCAUCAUCAUCAUGAUGACAAUUUAUUUGUACUUUGCUUAAAUUAUGUAAUUUUGAAUUUAAAAUUAAGAGAUUUACAUAUUUAAUAUUAUUAACGCACUAACAAAACUUUUGUUCCCACCCUUGUUUGUUUGUUUGUUUUUAUGUAUAAAGACGAGCAGUUUUCAUACUGACUUGUGAAUGAACUUGUGCAAGUGUAAACACUGAUUCAUUCAUCUUGGAUUUUGCAGUUUUGAGUUUUACUUUAUAAAUGUAACAAGAGCUUUAAGAUAUGUGUAGAUUUCAUGUACAGUGUGUAUGUUUUAGAGACUUUUAGCGCAUGUGAAAUGUUUUCUUAUGGGAAAUUGACAAAAGCACACAAACAAAGCUUUAGAAAAGAUCCCUCGAUGUGUCCUGAUAAUGCCUGCAGUCAUGUGACUGGGAUGGAAUGGACUCUUGUUUUAAAUUCUGGUCUGUCAGGAGGGGAGUUGAAAUCCAUCAAGCGUACACCAACAAAUAAUGAGCACAUUAUUUGAGAAAAUAUGUGGAGACGACUGUAAAAGCAGCAUUACAGGAUGUUGUCAAGAUUCUUAAAUGGACACAAGUGAGUGCUCAUCCUUGUCUCUGGAGUCGCAUCUAAGUAUGCACCACUUUAACUACAAAGUUGCCUCUGUCAGUUUGUCUCUUUGUUGUGUAUUUUCUAUUGUACUUUUUUUUCUUGUUCUCUCAGCUCUGAUUUUUCCCCCUCCUCUCAUUCUGUGGAAUUACAUCACAAUCGGUCCCUUUUCUCUGUCACCAUUUGCUUCAAAGUUAACCAUGCUGCCUGUUCAGCUGUCAAUAACAUUUCUCUAGUGCGUUGCCAUGGUAAUGAUCCCCUGAACAAAAGCUAACAGGCUGAAAAAAGAAUGAAGGAAAGAGAUGUUAAAUGAUGUAACUAUGUCAAGAAAGGACGAAAAAGAGUGCACAUUAUAAAUGGGACAAAUACAAUUUGAAAUCAUUUGUAAUUAAGGGUCUCUGUGAGAAUGAGUGUGUGGAAAUGUGUGUGCGUGUGACUGAAUGAAACAGAAAAUAUACUUGUAAAGAAAAAAGUAAAUUGUUAUUUCUGUGUAUGACAUUGGCUCUUCAUAUUGUGUGCAUAUAAAAAAAAUCAAUAAAUAACAUAUAAAUAAAUUGA